UAGUCACAUCGGUGCCAAAUACAGAGGCCAUGUUCUUGUCCAACCGAGGGACAGUGGGAGGAUUCUUCCUGGCUGGACAUAAAAUGGUGUGGUGGCCGAUUGGUGCUUCUCUGUUUGCCAGUAACAUUGGCAGUGGGCACUUUGUGGGCUUGGCAGGCACAGGAGCGGCUGCAGGAAUCGCCAUUGCAGGAUUUGAGUGGAACGCUCUGAUAAUUGUAUUUGCUCUUGGCUGGUUGUUUGUACCCAUCUACAUCAGGGCUGGGGUGGUGACGAUGCCAGAGUAUCUCAAGAAGCGCUUUGGUGGCCGACGGAUUCAGAUGUAUCUGUCAGUCCUUUCUCUGCUCCUCUAUAUUUUCACCAAGAUCUCAGCAGAUAUGUUCUCUGGAGCUAUAUUUAUCCAAAUGGCCAUGGGGCUAAAUCUUUAUUUGGCAAUAAUCAUACUGCUGGCUGUUACUGGUCUUUAUACUAUCACAGGUGGCCUUGCUGCUGUGAUUUACACAGACACUUUACAGACCAUCAUCAUGCUUGUGGGAUCCUUUAUUCUCACAGGAUUUGCAUUUGCCAAAGUAGGAGGAUAUAAGGCCUUUAUGGAGAAAUAUAUGAAUGCAAUUCCAGGAAACACCUCAUAUGGAAACAUUACCAUUGACCCAAAAUGCUACACCCCUCGGGCAGAUUCUUUCCACAUCUUCCGAGAUGCGAUCACUGGAGACCUGCCAUGGCCGGGGCUUACCUUUGGCUUGAGCAUCCUUGCUUUGUGGUACUGGUGCACAGAUCAGGUUAUUGUUCAACGAUGCCUCUCAGGCAAGAACAUGUCCCAUGUGAAGGCCGGCUGCAUCAUGUGUGGGUACCUGAAGCUGCUGCCCAUGUUUGUGAUGGUGAUGCCUGGAAUGAUCAGUCGAAUUCUGUACACGGAUAUGGUGGCUUGUGUUGUGCCCUCGGAAUGUGAGAAAUACUGUGGCACCAAAGUUGGCUGUUCAAAUGUUGCUUAUCCAAAAAUGGUGGUGGACCUUAUGCCGAAUGGUCUGCGAGGUCUGAUGUUGUCAGUCAUGUUGGCCUCUCUCAUGAGCUCCCUGACUUCCAUUUUUAAUAGUGCUAGCACUCUGUUCACCAUGGACAUCUACACCAAAAUACGAUCCCAGGCAUCUGAGAGAGAGCUCAUGCUGGCUGGGAGGUUAUUUAUCUUAGCUUUAAUUGGUAUCAGCAUUGCUUGGAUUCCUGUGGUGCAGUCAGCUCAGAGUGGGCAGCUCUUUGAUUAUAUACAGUCUAUCACCAGCUACCUGGGGCCACCCAUUGCUGCUGUCUUCCUGCUUGCUAUCUUCUGUAAGAGGGUCAAUGAGGAGGGUGCUUUCUGGGGCUUGUUCAUUGGGCUUGUAGUUGGGCUGAGUCGAAUGACUGCAGAGUUUGCGUAUGGUCCUGGAAGCUGUGUAAACCCCAGCAACUGUCCAAAGAUAAUUUGUGGAGUUCAUUACCUUUACUUUGCUAUAAUCCUUUUUGGGAUCUCCACCAUCGUCAUCCUGGGUAUCUCACUGAUAACUAAACCCAUUCCUGAUGUACAUCUCUAUGGCUUGUGCUGGACUCUGCGGAACAGUGAAGAGAAGCGUAUUGACCUGGAUGCAGAUGAGAGGAUUGAGGGACUUGAGAGUAAAGAUGAUGAAUCAGAGGAAGGCGAUGAAGGACAAGGGUUCUUGAAGAAGGCCUACAACUGGUUCUGUGGCUUCGAUCAGAAAAAAGGGCCGAAACUGAGCAAAGAGGAGCAGGAGGCAAUGGAGAAGAAAAUGACUGACACUUCCGAGGUGCCAUUCUGGAGAAAUGUUGUGAACAUCAAUGGGGUCAUUCUGUUGGCUGUGGCUGUAUUCUGUCAUGCCUUCUUUGCAUAAAUCCAACCUUACGCCCCAGCGUUUUUAUGAAGGUCUAACUCAAGUUCAUUUUUCUUGUGAAUUUGCACUGUAUUAUUCAAAAGAUAAAUAACACUACACUAGAUCCACGUAUCAGUCUAGUAAGCUGAGAUUUAAUUCAUUACAUUGAUUUAUUCAUUGUUAUUUUUAGAAGUUGGUGAAACUAGUUUGAUUUCUAUGCCCCUUUUUCCUUACUUUCCCUACAGUGAUCCCGUUUUUUUUUUAAGUUCAGCUAAAUGGAGGACUGUGCUAUAGAUUCAGGAUGAAUGAAUCCUUUCAAAAUAUAGGCUGCCUUACGUAAGUUCCCUAUCCAUGACAUUUUAUUGAUGUAUUCCUUUGAUACUAUAGCUAUUUUUUUCAGUAGAAUUUUUCUGUCUCUACUCUCUGUUCCAUAUGUUAUGCUAUUUUGCAGUGGACUUCUUCCUCUCUAGUCUUUAUUCACUCUUUCUCCUAAGUGGAAUAUGAACCCCGGUAGCUUCUGAGUUUAACUCUUGUAUUUGUGCUGUUUGAGUCAGUUUGAAAAUAGGCAAAACAAGUCUGGCCAGUCCUAAUAAGAGUUGUGUUUAUUGCCUGACCUUUAGCUUUAAAAGUUUGUACACACAGCAUUUAGUUUUAAUAUGAAUUUAUCCUUGAAUAUGAAAGCUCUAUUUAUAAAAAUAUAUUCUUGUUGAUUUUUAUUCCUCAGCAUGAUAUGUCAAAGUUAGCAUCCAUUUACAUUGCCUGUAGACCUCCAUUUUAUAAGAAGGCCGUAGUGUACUCUUAAUUCCCCUUCUCAGUUAGUGGAUUUACCACCUGGUAAUUCUUUAUCAUGGGUGAACAUUGGCCUUGUGUCUUGCUUCCAAGUACACAAAGACAUUACAGUAUUUUUCCUGCCAAAUUACAAAUCUUCCUUCCCUGACAAUUUCUCUACAAAAUUUCAUUUAUGCCAUGAGUAAGACUGUUACACUGUAGUUUCCCCAAGGAGAACAGUCUCUGCUCUGACACCAUCUAAACCAUUCCAAUUCUCUUCACCUUAUUUGGAAGUGUGAGACAGUGAUGAGGCAAUGACCUUGGUUUGGGUCUCAGAGACCAAUAUGGCGAGAUGAUGUGUGAUACUGCAAGACCAGGAUGAAAAGUGAAAAUAGAACAUCUUACGGUCUAAUUCAUCUCCCUCAGAAGGCGUGGAUACAGAGAAGGCACUGGGGAAAUUCCCAGUUGGCACAGCUAAUCUGUAUCACAAUGCUUUGUUGCCUUAUGUACUACAGCUUCCUACACAGUGAGGUGUAACAUGCAUCUCAUCUACCUGCAGUAUUGUACAGCGUUGUGAACUGUGCUGCAACAUGUAACAGGCAAGCCAGUGUGGUCUUUUGUAAAUCCCUUUAACUUUCAUCACACUGUGCUGUUGUCUCACAGUCUGUUGCUGCUUCAGAGGAGUGCAUAACAGAAUGUACUGUCCUCUUGCAGCUGCAAUAUGAUCUUCAGGAUAAUUCUGUCUCCCUGCAGUGUCCUGAUAUGUGCUGCAUAGUGCCAAAUCAAAUAGUACAAUCUAAAUCCUAAUGCAAACUGGCUUCUUUUAAUGAAUACAGCAGCAGAGAGCAUCUUAAGUCAUUACUCUGUUGUGCUGUGGAAUUCAUUAUAUUUCACUAACUGUGAGGGUUUGUAUGUAUUCAAAUUUUUCUGAUGUGUCUGUGGUCCACAAAG